AUGGGCGAAUUAGACAUUUGGGAUUACUUCCGCAAGUGCGAUUCGGAGGAUGGUCCGAGGCGCGCCAGGUGUUUGCUAUGCGAGAAUUCGCUUAGUUACGAGUCCACUUCACACAAUCUGAAGUCGCAUCUCGCGCGGGUUCAUGGUGACGAAGUGACGCUGACUGUGAAGGCGCGAUCGCAGCCGACGCCGAGGAAAAACCGCUCUCCGAUAUGGCAGUACUUCAGCGAGCUGGAUGGCGCCGACUCUGUAGCGGUGUGCAACAUUUGCGAGAGGCAGUGCUCCUACAAAAGCAACAUCUCCAACUUGAGGGCCCACUUGGCGCGCUUGCACAGGUCGGCCUACGGCGAGAUGUUGAAAAAUGCGCGGGAAAGGUCGAAAGGCAAUGACGGCAUUUACUUGGAGUAUGUGGAUGGGGACGAGUCCAACCAGUCGGCGGCCCCCGACGUGUGGAGCUUCUUCGAGAAGGAGACAGGCGGCCGAGCGCGCUGCGUCGUCUGCAGGGCGACGUUGCCGCACCGCGCGCGCGAAAUGCGCGCCCACCUUAAGGAGAACCACCCCAAGCUGGCACAGGACGUCGUAGACCAGUCGGAGGAGGAGGAGGAGGAGGAGGAGUCGACCGAGACCUACACCGAAGUGGUCUACCUGGAGGACGAGGCUCGGAAACGGAGGCGGGAGUCGCGCCCUAGCCGGCCCCAGCAGCGCCUCAGCAUGAAGCGGCGCGUCUCCAGCCCCUCGUCGGGCUGCGAGGACGAGCAGGUGGAGAAGUUCGCCACGUUCAUCACCUGCCUGCUGAAGAACAUGCCCCACGAGGUGGGCACCCGCCUCCAGAUGGAGAUCAUCAACCUCGUGAUGACCACGAAGCUGCGGACGGCCGCCUCGGAGGGAAAGGUGGACCUGGAGGGCGCGGACGUGAAGGUCGACUCGCUCGAUAUGGAGCAAGAGGAGGCUUGCCAGGACGCGGCG